AAUUAAAAUAGAGAGAGGCAGCAGAUAAUGGCAAAAGGGUAAAGCGAAUAGCUGAGUUAGAGCUGAGCUGAGCUCACGAGUCGCUUUUUUCAUUCAGUGCUGAGUCGCUUUACCAACCUAACACUUUUUUUUUUCGAUUAAAUUUCCAUGGGUUUCUAAUAAACGAUCCCUUUCUGCUUAAUUAUUUUUCUUGAUCGUAAUCCUCCAUUCCUCGCUUGCUGCAAUAUGCAAGAGUCUUAACCAAAAUGCCGCCGGCAAUAUAGAAAUGUGUCUGCAACUUUGCAUGCCCUGAGUUGGAGACCAUAAUGUUUUCUGAGAGUGUGAGUGAGGAAGCGCUUCGCCAGGAUUUUGAGACGCUGACUGUGUCUAAACGACUUGUGAGGAGUGUUAGCCAGAAGUUAAGGAAAAAAAAUCAUAGAGGUGAAGGGGGUGAAGAGGAUAAGGUGAGAGGGGUUUCCUUGAAAUGUCUUACUCUAUAUGGUAGAGGUGGUGGUUGCAAAGUGGGUGCUGACACAGGUGAGGAACUUGGUGAUCCAAGUUAUAGGAGAAGGUCAAGUGCCAGUGAAGAAGGAAAGGUGUACAAGUCAAUUUGUGGUAUAGAGGACAAUAAUUUCGAUUGCUUCUCAUAUGGUGUGAGGGAGAAGUUUUGGAAGAAAAACAAUAGAAAGGAUUUAGAUCUUGAGGAAUCAGUACGAAACAGCAGGAUGCAUAUCUUUCUGCCUGAUGACAUUCUAGAGAUGUGCUUGGUGAGACUACCAUUGACCAGUCUUAUGAAUGCCCGGCUUGUGUGCAAGAAAUGGAGACACUUGACCACAACUCCUCGGUUUUUACAGAUGAGACGAGAAGGUUCAUGUCAAAAACCAUGGUUGUUUCUCUUUGGUGCUGUUAAGGAUGGCUAUUGCUCUGGGGAGAUACAUGCACUGGACAUGUCUCAAGAUCAAUGGCACAGGAUCAGUGCUGAUAUACUCAGAGGUAGGUUCAUGUUCUCAGUUGCCAGUAUGCAGGAUGAUAUUUAUAUUGUUGGAGGUUGUUCAAGCUUAACCAACUUUGGGAGGGUAGAUAGGAGCUCAUUCAAGACACACAAAGGUGUGUUAGUCUUUAGCCCUCUCACCAAAUCAUGGCGUAAAGCUUCAUCUAUGAAGUUUGCUAGAUCAAUGCCUAUUUUAGGAAUAUCCGAGGUCUGUUCAGAUUUUUCGGUCAUUCAAAGCCAUCAGAAUCGACAUGAUAGGCAGUUUCCCAGAUCCCGAGUUGGUGGGGUGUCAGAUGUUUACGAGGAUCCUCACAGGCUUUCACUCAGACGUCAGUACAGAAAUGCUUUUGAUGAAAAUGGGCCUUCAUUAUUACCAAAUAGAAGAUCAUACAAGUUUAUUAGACAAAGAAGUGAACAAGCAAAUAUGAAGGGUUGUAAAAGGUUCGUGUUGAUUGCUGUUGGAGGUCUUGGAUCUUGGGAUGAGCCACUGAAUUCUGGUGAAAUCUAUGAUUCUUUAUCAAAUAAAUGGACUGAAAUCCAGAAGCUGCCUAUAGACUUUGGGGUCGUGUGUGCUGGUGUUGUUUGUAAUGGGAUGUUUUAUGUUUGCUCUGAGAAUGACAAGUUAGCGGGCUAUGACAUAGAAAGAGGUUUCUGGAUUGGAAUCCAAACCUCUGCAUUUCCUCCCCACGUUCAUGAGUACUAUCCAAAACUUGUUUCUUGUAAUGGUUCCUUGUUUCUGCUGUCUGUCUCUUGGUGCGAGGGAGAUGGGCAAAUUGGUCGGAGAAACAAGGCCGUGAGAAAAUUGUGGGAGCUAGAUCUGAUGUAUCUUACAUGGACCGAGGUCUCAGUACACCCUGAUGCUCCAAUGGACUGGAACCCUGUUUUUGUUGCUGACAGGAACUUAAUAUUUGGUGUUGAAAUGUUUAAAAUAUUUGGUCAGGUUUUGGAUUUCUUCACAGUGUGUGAUGUGUCUGAUGUGGAGAUGAAUUGGAGCCAUAUUUCUAGGAAUCACAUGGCUCAUGAAUUAGAUGCUUCUUCUUGCAUGACUAAGACAAUGGCGGUGCUACAUCUAUAAUGUCUUCUGCUGCAAUGCACUGUAAUUCAACCAGAAAAUUAUAGAACAUGAGAUGAGAGCUGCUCAUUUAGGGGAUUUCGCUCAUGCAUUCCUACCUGUGAAUUUUCUUAUUUAUUUCUUGGAAUUUCCACAAUUUGUACAAUGGCGACCACCACAUCUGGUCUCUAGUACUUAGCCUUGCUAGUAAUUUCUUCACCAUUGUUCAUAAACUGAUUAUGUAUUUUUCAUCUUGCUUCUGUUGCAUUAUCUGUAAUAAAUUUCUGUCCGUUCAUUCAUCAA